AUGCUAAGGAAAUUAUAUGAACUUAAACAUAAGGCAAUUAAAUCCUCAAAAGCCUUCAUUCAGAACAAUUAAUCAAAAUUAUUGAGCCAUAAAGUCAUCAAAAACCUAAAUCUUGGAGAUAUGUUUCUUCUUGGGUGUGGAAGUGCAGGAAUAUCAUACCACAUUUAGACUUCAGGAGGACCUCCUAAAUAGUCAAUCAGAAGACUACCUAAAGAUUAGCAAAUGACUAUAUCUGAUCCUAUUGUCAAGGAUAGAAUUAAAAACACUUUUAUAUAUUUUAGUGGUGGACUUGCUACUAUUAGUGGUGUCGGUUGA